AUGUUCGAAAAGCGGCGCUGUUCACGAGAAAUCAUUGAAAAUUUAAGUAGUCCCGUUAUAGGCGUGCGACAUAUGCUGUGCCUGCUAAUAUUCUGCGGUCUGUGCUUGGUUUAUGGCAUGCGUGUAAAUCUCUCAAUGGCCAUAGUAGCGAUGAUGGACAAUACAGCUGCGAAUCCGAACUUUCCAGAAUACGCGUGGUCGGAGCAAACAAAGUCACAUAUACUAAGCAGCUUCUUCUUCGGCUACAUAUUUGCGCAAGUGCCUGCCGGCAGCUGGGCACGUCGCUACGGUGGCCGCCUACUGCUGUUCAUAAGUGUAAGCCUUAGCAGUGCAUUGGCGCUGCUCACGCCGCUUAGCGUCAGCGUGGGCGAUUGGCCACUGCUCUGUGCGUUGCGUUUCUGUCAAGGCUUAGUGCAGGGCGUCACCUAUCCAACUAUAGCCACAAUUAUGGCCGAAUGGGCGCCCAUUGAGGAGCGCAGCGCUAUGCUCACCUAUUGCUGUUCGGGUCUGGAAUUGGGUAUAGUAAUGAUGCUGGCCAGCAGCGGCAUGCUUUGCUCUUCGGAUUGGGGUUGGCCAAGCACAUUCUAUAUACCUGGUGCGCUCGGUUUAAUAUGGUCCGGCAUUUGGUUUAUAUACGGUGCGAGUACACCGGGCAAUUGUAAAUAUAUUACGUUAGCCGAGCGCACACUAAUCGCCACAUCUUUGAAGCGUAACAUGGCACAGAAUGAGAGUAGUAAAGUGACACAUCCGAUACCGUGGUUGAAAAUCUGCACUUCAAAACCAUUUCUGGUGCUCAUACUGAGUCAAUGUGCAUACAGUUGGUGUUUCUGGACUCUGCUGACGCAAAUACCAUCGUACAUUAAAAGCAUACUCAACAAAGACAUACAAAGUAAUGCAUUCUAUUCGGCACUGCCCUACCUCACAAUGCUUGGGCUUUCGCUGGCGCUCUGUCCACUCGCCAGCUAUUUGGAGAAAUCGAAACGUUUGAAUGCGACCGUGAGUCGCAAAAUAUUCAAUACCAUCGGUCAGUGGACGCCUGCGGUCACCCUAGUCUAUCUAGGCUUUCUACACACCGAUCAAGCUGAUCUCGCCAUUAUACUGCUCACACUCACCGUUACUGUUAGCACUGUUACGCACUUUGGUUUUCAAGCUAAUCAUCUCGACUUGUCGCCACACUUCGCCGGUACUUUAAUGGGCAUCGCGAAUUCGGCGUCGAAUAUGAUGAGCGUUAUUGCGCCGCUCGUGGUGGGCUACAUCGUCACAGAUACGAAAAAUUUACAUCAAUGGCGCAUAAUUUUCUCUUUGGCGGGCGGUAUUAGCUUUUUCGGUAAUCUAAUGUUUCUGUUUUUCGGCACUGCUAAAGUACAGUUGUGGAAUGAAGUUCCGCCAAUGGUCGUAGAAACGAAGCAGCAGGACGGGCAGCAUUUCACGGAGGUGAAAAAUGUAGAGAAGGAGGAUGGCAAUGUUGGUGGUUCGAGAGAGACUUUAAAUUUAGUAUGA